AUUUACUUCUUAAGAAGGUGGUGCAAUGGUUAGAGAAAAAAAAAACAUAUGUCAAUACUCAAAAGGUACACGUUACUCUUAAACGCUCUUAUUAUUACAUAAAGAAAUCGAAUUUUUGAAAAGCGCUGACUUUUCUUCACCCAAACCCGCGUUUUCUCUCCCCAACACAAACUCAAACCUCGCCGGAAAAAAACACCUCCACCGCUAUGAGAGCUAACUGUUAAAGCUUUUCUUUCUUCCUUUCCCUCUUUCACACAGCCAUGGGUAACUGUAACGUCUGCGUAAAGCCUCCAAACUCAGAAACCUCAACUCAAAACCCCAAAAAGCCCAAUCAAAACGGAAAACUAAACCCAUACGCCGAAGAAACCACCACCAGAUCCCCAGCCCGUACACGUAGCACUCACAAGACCAUAGUAAUCCCAACGAGCCACCGCACAAAGAUCACCGAAAAAUACACCCUAGGCCGGGAGCUAGGCCGCGGCGAAUUCGGAAUAACCUACCUCUGCACCGACCGCACAUCCCACGAACCCCUAGCCUGCAAAUCCAUCUCCAAACGUAAGCUCCGAACAGCGAUCGACGUCGAGGACGUCCGUCGCGAGGUAGCGAUCAUGUCCACUCUCCCUGAUCACCCCAACGUGGUGAAGCUCAGGGAGAGUUAUGAGGACGGGGAGAAUGUGCAUCUUGUGAUGGAGCUUUGCGAAGGUGGAGAACUUUUUGAUCGGAUUGUGGCGAGAGGGCAUUAUACGGAGCGUGCGGCUGCGGGGGUUGCGAGAACGGUUGCGGAGGUUGUGAUGAUGUGUCAUGUUAAUGGUGUUGUGCAUAGAGAUUUGAAGCCUGAGAAUUUCUUGUUUGCUAAUAAGAAGGAGAACUCUGCGCUUAAGGCUAUUGAUUUUGGCUUGUCUGUCUUCUUUAAACCUGGAGAUAAGUUUACAGAGAUUGUAGGGAGUCCAUAUUACAUGGCUCCUGAAGUGUUGAAGAGAGAUUAUGGACCUGAGGUUGAUGUUUGGAGUGCUGGAGUUAUUAUCUAUAUCUUGCUUUGUGGUGUUCCUCCCUUUUGGGCUGAGACGGAACAAGGUGUUGCUCUUGCGAUCUUGAGGGGAGUUCUUGAUUUUAAGAGAGAUCCUUGGCCUCAGAUUUCAGAGAGUGCUAAGAGUCUUGUGAGGCAGAUGUUGGAGCCUGAUCCGGUUAAGCGUUUGACUGCUCAGCAAGUGUUAGCUCACCCUUGGAUACAGAAUGCAAAGAAAGCUCCAAAUGUUCCUUUAGGGGAUAUAGUCAGAUCAAGAUUGAAGCAGUUCUCUAUGAUGAAUAGAUUUAAAAAGAAGGUUCUUCGUGUUAUAGCUGAGCACUUGUCUAUCCAAGAAGUUGAAGUGAUCAAGGACAUGUUCUCACUGAUGGAUGAAGACAACGAUGGUAGAAUAACUUACCCGGAACUCAGAGCUGGUCUUCAGAAGGUUGGGUCACAGCUUCGUGAACCAGAGAUCAAAAUGUUGAUGGAAGUGGCAGAUGUUGAUGGGAAUGGUUUUUUGGAUUAUGGAGAGUUUGUAGCUGUGAUCAUUCAUUUGCAGAAGAUAGAGAACGAUGAGCUUUUCAAACUAGCUUUUAUGUUCUUUGACAAAGAUGGAAGUACUUUCAUCGAACUUGAUGAGCUACGAGAAGCUUUAACUGACGAGUUAGGAGAACCAGAUGUCAGUGUUUUAAACGACAUCAUGCGUGAAGUUGAUGCUGACAAGGAUGGGCGUAUAAACUAUGAUGAGUUUGUGACGAUGAUGAAAGCAGGAACAGAUUGGAGAAAGGCGUCAAGGCAAUACUCAAGAGAGAGGUUCAAAAGCUUAAGCCUUAACUUGAUGAAAGAUGGGUCUCUGCAUCUCCAUGAUGCUCUCACUGGACAAUCUGUCCCUGUUUGA